AUGGCCCUUGCUCGCUUAGAGAUUCAGUUCAACGCUCGCGAUGGGACCACGCUUCGGGGCUGGUUUUAUCCUCAAGACAACAAGUCUCCAUGCGUGAUCAUGACACACGGGUUGGGUGGUGUUCGCCAUUUGUGGCUUCCAGCUUUUGCUGAUCGCUUCCAUGAUGCUGGCUACAAUGUACUACUCUAUGACAAUCGGAACUGGGGUGACAGUGAUGGACUGCCGCGCCAAGAAUCCAACCCGCCACUUCAGCAAGCCGACUACUAUGACGCGUUCAAUUUUGCCUCUACGUUUUCUAACGUGGAUGCUUCACGCAUUGUGUAUUGGGGGACGAGCUUUUCAGGUGGAAAUGUCUUGCACGCCGCUGCUGUGGACAAGCGCAUCAAGGCAGCCAUCGUGCAGUGUCCCGCUGUUUCUGGGGAGACCCGAUCUUUAUCGUUCAAGGACCGGAUCCCAAGCCUUUUGAAUAAUCGCAUUUAUCCCGCUGGUACCCAGCCGGAGAGAAUUCCUCUCAUUGCAGAUGGAAUGGAGGCUGCUCAAAUAGGGGCACCAAACGUUAUGUUCCCCGGCGUUCACGCCUAUAGACAUGUGCGGGAGUCAUACGACUGCGGAGCGGUAUGGGAGAAUUCCCUUACUACUCAGACGCAGGUGAAUAUGCUUCUUUUUGAAGGGCAGGCUAUGAUCCACCGUAUCUCGCCGACUCCACUCCUGAUGGUUAUUCCGGGAAAUGACGUACUUGUCACUACAUCAUCACAAUUGGCCGCUUAUGGCAAAGCAAGGGAACCCAAGCAGAUGCUUUACCUUGAUGGAGCGGGCCAUUUUGAUAUCUAUACGGGAGAGUGGUUCGAAAGGAACAUUACAACACAACUUGAGUUCUUGAAGAGGCACGUCGGCCAACCCGAGAAUGUUUGA